CACCAAUUUUGAUUUGACAUUGAUCGGCAGACGAUUUCUCCGGCCGGACGGUUUCGCGAAACCGAUAUAUGUGUCAUUAAAAAAGAAAUUUCCUCGUUGCUUUCUCUGCCCUGUCUCCCCUUCAGCGUUGUCGUUUUGCUACGGUCGCGGCCCGGGUCACGUGGGAGUCCUGAUGGACGCGACGUUCUGUUGUGACCUUCCGGCGACGGCGGAAGGCGUUUGGCGGGAGCAGUAAGUUCUCGCGGGUGAAUACUGACUGUAUUACGCACAAAAACUAUUUGCGGUUCUAUCUAUUUGUGCGUUAACGCGGGUCAUGGAUAAAACUCUGUGAAUAUCCAGAAAAACACCAUUAUGUCAGCCGAGACUGAGCUGACGAUGCAAACAGGGCUGCAAUCGGUACUACUACCACCAGAUUUGACAACCCUCAGUCUCAUAGGACACCGACCUCCAGCUCAAGGACCCCAUUUAGGGCAUCCUCCCCCAUCUCAUCCAAUGCAGCAAGCUAACGGUUCGUACAGUAGUAAACCCACAGACGAUAUGUCGUAUUCAGGCACCUCAAGUGCCCCAAUAGGCCAGACUACUACAGCGGUGGCCUUAAUUGGGGCCGCAGGACCUUCAACUGGUCCAUUGGCUGUUUCACCUCCUGCCGAACCUCCAGUGUUCCAGUGUCCACGCAGACCGAAUUUAGGACGGGAAGGUCGUCCAAUUGGCCUUAAGGCCAAUCAUUUUCAAAUUUCUAUGCCCAGAGGCUUCGUACACCAUUACGAUGUGAAUAUUCAACCAGAUAAAUGUCCUCGAAAGGUUAACCGUGAAAUUAUUGAGACUAUGGUAAAGUCGUAUGGGAAAAUAUUUGGCAACUUGAAACCCGUCUUUGAUGGUCGCAAUAAUUUGUAUACACGGGACCCUUUACCAAUUGGUAAUUCCAGAGAAGAAUUAGAAGUUACUUUACCAGGCGAAGGCAAAGAUCGCCUGUUCAGGGUUAGCAUCAAGUGGGUAGCACAGGUAUCGCUUUAUGGACUUGAAGAAGCCCUUGAAGGAAGAACACGUCAAAUUCCAUAUGAAGCUAUUUUAGCUUUAGAUGUAGUGAUGCGUCACUUGCCUUCAAUGAGCUACACUCCUGUGGGCCGUAGCUUCUUCAGUAGUCCUGAGGGAUACUAUCAUCCAUUGGGUGGUGGUCGUGAAGUUUGGUUUGGUUUCCAUCAAUCAGUUAGACCAAGUCAGUGGAAAAUGAUGCUCAACAUUGAUGUGUCGGCCACGGCAUUUUACAAAGCGCAGCCUGUGAUAGAAUUUAUGUGUGAAGUGUUGGAUAUCAGGGACAUAAACGAACAGCGGAAACCUCUAACCGACAGUCAGAGAGUUAAGUUUACCAAGGAGAUCAAAGGGCUCAAGAUUGAAAUUACCCAUUGUGGUGCUAUGAGAAGGAAGUACAGAGUGUGCAACGUGACGAGGCGACCAGCUCAGAUGCAAUCAUUUCCUCUGCAACUGGAAAACGGACAAACAGUAGAAUGUACAGUAGCAAAAUAUUUCCUGGACAAGUACAAAAUGAAACUGAGGUAUCCUCAUUUACCAUGUUUGCAGGUGGGACAAGAACAUAAGCACACUUACCUACCACUGGAAGUCUGCAAUAUUGUCGCUGGUCAACGUUGCAUUAAGAAACUCACUGAUAUGCAGACAUCUACAAUGAUCAAAGCCACGGCUAGGUCGGCCCCAGAUAGAGAGCGUGAAAUCAACAAUCUAGUCCGGAGGGCGGACUUCAACAACGACGAGUACGUGCAGGAAUUCGGUCUGACCAUCUCCAAUAACAUGAUGGAAGUGCGCGGUAGGGUUCUGCCGCCCCCUAAACUGCAGUACGGUGGGCGAGUGGCUUCCCUCAGCGGACAGGUGGGCUGGCACAGUAAACAACAAGCAUGUCCAAACCAGGGCGUAUGGGACAUGCGCGGUAAACAAUUCUUUACCGGAGUUGAGAUCAGAGUAUGGGCUAUCGCAUGUUUUGCACCACAGCGAACAGUGAGAGAAGACGCUUUAAGGAAUUUUACUCAGCAAUUACAAAAGAUCUCUAACGACGCUGGUAUGCCGAUCAUUGGUCAGCCAUGUUUCUGUAAGUACGCCACAGGUCCAGACCAAGUUGAACCCAUGUUCCGAUAUCUGAAGACCACCUUUGCAUCCUUGCAAUUGGUUGUUGUAGUAUUGCCUGGAAAAACCCCGGUUUAUGCCGAGGUUAAACGGGUAGGGGAUACCGUCCUCGGCAUGGCCACUCAAUGUGUUCAGGCGAAGAACGUCAACAAGACGUCGCCGCAAACCCUGUCCAAUUUGUGCCUCAAGAUAAACGUCAAACUGGGCGGCAUCAACAGUAUCCUUGUACCAUCCAUUCGUCCGAAGAUCUUCAACGAGCCGGUCAUCUUCCUGGGCGCGGACGUCACCCAUCCGCCGGCCGGCGACAACAAGAAGCCAUCGAUCGCCGCGGUCGUCGGUUCCAUGGACGCGCAUCCUUCCAGGUACGCCGCCACCGUCCGAGUCCAGCAACACCGCCAGGAGAUCAUUCAGGAACUCAGCUCUAUGGUCAGGGAACUCCUUAUCAUGUUCUACAAAUCCACUGGUGGUUAUAAACCGCAUCGUAUUAUUCUAUACCGGGAUGGCGUGUCAGAGGGGCAAUUUUUACAAUUGCUGCAGCACGAAUUGACCGCCAUUCGAGAGGCCUGUAUUAAGCUGGAAAGUGAUUACAAGCCAGGGAUCACAUUCAUUGUUGUUCAAAAGCGACAUCACACUAGACUGUUCUGUGCCGAUAAGAAGGAGCAGAGUGGCAAAAGUGGUAACAUUCCGGCUGGUACGACGGUGGACGUUGGUAUUACUCAUCCUACAGAGUUUGACUUUUAUUUGUGCAGUCAUCAGGGUAUCCAGGGUACAUCCAGACCAUCUCAUUAUCAUGUGCUGUGGGAUGACUCGCACUUGGAUUCGGAUGAGCUACAAUGUUUAACUUACCAGCUGUGCCACACCUAUGUACGUUGUACGCGUUCGGUGUCCAUACCCGCUCCGGCGUAUUACGCUCAUCUUGUCGCUUUCCGUGCUCGAUAUCAUCUCGUCGAAAAGGAACAUGACAGCGGUGAAGGAUCGCACCAGUCUGGCUCUUCGGAGGAUAGAACACCAGGUGCCAUGGCUAGAGCUAUUACCGUUCACGCUGACACUAAGAAAGUCAUGUACUUCGCCUAACGUGUUAAUUAUCGAGACGCGUAUAGACGAAAACAGGCAGUCUAGUUGUCGAGAACACGAAUUAUUUCUAAAUAAUGAUCUGGUAAGAUUUGGGCCAAAAAAAGCGGAGUCAACAAGCUAUCUUCUAAUUUAAUUAUAGCUUUAAUCGCAAUCCUCUCUCAUCCAAAUUGGAUCUAUUUUAUCUUCCAUAUAGAUUCAAUCAAUCGUUUUUGUGUAUCGAUAUUUUAUACGAGAUGGAUGCGUCUUUAUUGUUAAUUUACUCAUCUAUUUAAGGUCAUUAAUUACUCAAUUAUGGGGUCGAAUAUUAAACCAAAUGCAAGAAAUUAUGUGCCUGACAAAAAGAGGAAAAUUUUUCUUUAAAAUAGUAUGAUAUCUAUUAGGUGAAUUAAAACAAUUAAAAAAUGAAAUACAUGCAUAUUUUAUGUGUUCGUAUAUUCAAUUACAAUAUACUAUUCAAUAUACAAAAUACAAAAAAUCAAUUAGUGCAAUUAAACUCUUAUAGAUGUUCUUAUCCUGUUGCUAGGGUAAAUAUUUAUUGUUGUACUACAAAGAAUAACUCUCGUCUGUAUCUUGCAAAGUAUUAGCCGCAGAGCCUGCGGAAAAAAUAUUUAUAUAACUGAAGAGGCCAUGAUAAAUUGCUGGAAAUCAUUUUUAAGUUUGUAGAAUUGCCGCAAUUGUUAUGGCAAAUCGGAAAAUUGCAUUUUUACAAAAUUUCUCCUAGGUAAGGGGCUCUAAACGAUGAACGCUCUUUUAUUCUUGGAACGAGCGCUAGUUUGACAGAUCUAACCUUCCCCCACCAUCUCAUUUUAGCAGAUAGGACAAAAUGUUUAAAAAAAAUCGAAAUUUGCUGAUUAUUAUAACGCUAUUAUUUCUACUAUUUUUUAACUAGGCAAAACUUUGUAUUUUCUUAUUUGCCAUAGCCAGUUGUGUUCUCUAGUCUCUUCUAGAAACUUGAAAAUAACCUCCAGCAAUUUCUUAUGACCUCUUUAGUUCUAUUUUUUCCGCAGGCUCGAAAGGUAAUACUUUCCGAGAUACAGCCGACAGCUAUUGUUAGUGGAACACACUGUACAACGUACAUGGGCCAAGUUUAUGUUUACCGGUUAAUUUCUGCCAAGGUUAGAUAAAAAAGAAUAAAACUUCCAUUGUAGCAUAGAAAUACUAAUUAUGCCAAUUAUAUUCGAAAUUGUCUAAAACCUAGACAUGGAUUGUAAUUUUGACAUUUGUAUACUUUAUUCUUUAUCUUGGAUCGUUAUUGAGAUAUCUUUUUGGAGUUUACACUUAGUAUAUAACAUAACUGAAAUGCUACAAUAAGAAUCGUCGUUUUUUAUGAGGCAACUUUAUAUUUAUGAUAAUGUGAUCAUAUUGGUAUCUAAUCUAUUUAUUAAAUAACGUAAUAUAGUAAUAAUAAGAUAUUGAUCGCAAUUUAAAUUCAAAGAAUACCCAUGAUUAUAAAACUUAAAUGUGAUUAACAAAGUCAAUGUUAAACAAGUUUUAACAUGAGCCACCACUUUGUGAAAAUGGACAAACUAUAACCUAUGAUUAUAUUUUACUUAUUACCAAUUGAUUGCCUAUUAUUAACAUAAUAGGUAAGUAACUAUAUUUACACUUGAUACUUAUUUUCAGAAUACUGAAACUGUGUUUUUCAUAAAGCAAACAUUUAAAAUUAAAAGUAAAAUUGUUGUCUGUAUAUGAUAAUAUGACUUUUUAAAACAAUUUAUUUAUUUUUGGGUGUUUAGAGGAAACACUUCUGACUUUAUACAUUCGUUUGUUUGAAACUAAAUUGCUUUAUUGAUAAUUCGACAAUAGGGCAUCUAUAACUAAUUUAAGUGAUUCAAUUAAAUCUUGAUAAUCAUGGAUUAUUGUUCUUAAAUUUCGCAACGAAUGGAAUUAUUUUAUUAUUGAGUUAUUGAAACAACGGAAUUUAUUCAGCAUAUCCAAAAACAAAAAAUAUUUUGACAUAUUAUGCCACUCGAAAAUUUCAAAAAUGGAAAAUAUCGAAAAACGUCCAAGAGAAAAAUUGUUUUGAUUUUACGCCAUAUGUACUGUAUUAUAUUACAGAAUACAUAUAUAUAUACAGGGAUUUUUUAAAAAUCAGUAUUUUGGUUAUUUUUCGAAAAUAAAUGAAGAUUAGUACCUAUUUUUUUCUCUUACGUAUGACUUAUAGGACAAAGCGAAUGUAAUAGACAUAAUUUCUAAUUCAGUAAUUUUAGUUUAUUGAACCACAAUACAGUUUUAUAAAAUAUAUUUUUCAGACUUUUAACAUUGUUGUACAUUCAAAGUAACUUUUUACAUUUUUCUAAAUAAUCUGUUUCUCUAUCGUAGAUAUUACUCUAUCGUACUGGGUUUGAUACCCAGCCGAGCCAGUAUGGUCGCUUUACAUAUUUAACACAUACACAUUACAUAUUUUACAUUAUAAAUUACGCAUAAUUUUUUAAAAACGUGCACAUAGCGGUGCAUAUCAGGAUUAAUAAUUAAAUAGCUACUAGUUACGACGACAAAUUUCUUUUUGAGCAGUUAACAUUGAAAUGGAAAACUACUAUUGCCUUAUAUCUAUUUCUAAGCCACACUUCGACAUAACACAUAUGUAAAUACAAAUAUUUACCUAGACCUAUGAAGACUGUCCAAAUAUAAGAUGCUGACUUUUCGUAUUUAAUGCGAACUUGUAGUUAUUUAUCUUCGUUGAAUUUUUCGAUAAUGUCUUUGAAACUGAUACUACCCUAGAGCUACGGCAGCGAUAUGCGUUAUUAAUAGGGUUCCCAACUUGAGCAUCGGCGAUUCCGGGACAAUUAUUUUUAAGCUUUUAAAUAAUUGAAGCAAGACAUUAAAUAUUAGAAAAUAAUAAAUAUUAUGUGUGUAGUACAUUUUUUUAGUUU